GAGGGACUUAUAAAUGUAAAGACAUUUCCACAGGUGCACCGACACUCGUGGGAUGGCAACUUCACUUCUUGGGGAGGAACCGAGGGUUGGAUCCACUCCAUUGGCUAUGUUGGCAGCAACCUGUAGCAAAAUCGGAGGCUCCAGUCCUUCAUCGGACAGCGGCUCGUUUGGGAAAGCAGGAUUUCACCCAUGGAAACGUUCGGCGCCCAGUAGCUGUUCUCUGUCGCCGUUCGGCGCGCAACGAAACGAUUCAUUCUGUGCCAACAGCUCCUUUUCCGUAACGGGCACGAAUUCCUCCACGAGCCCGUUUGGAAACGACUACCCCAUGUUUCAGACAUCAGUCGCCAACAGUUCUCAGGACCCGAGCGCGCAGUCAGUGUUCAUCUCUAAAGUUGAGACUCUGCAGGGAAUUUACCCAAGGAUGAGCGUUGCGCACCCGUACGAGACGUGGUUUAAAUCCGCGCACGCUGGCUUAUCCGCAGGAGACGUGGGCACUGGCACCGGGUCGUCCUGGUGGGAUGUGGGUGCCGGCUGGAUUGAUGUUCAGAGCGCAAACGGGGCAGCGCUCCAAACCUCUCUGCAUUCGCCCCUGGGUGGGUACAACACAGACUAUUCCCCUCUCACUCACUCCGCGUUCAGUACAAGUCCGUCUCCACAUCUUCUCACGGGUGGCCAGCACCUGAUGGACGGGUUCAAACCGGUUUUAUCAGCGACCUACGCGGAAACCAGUCCUGGUUCAAUGACCAAUAGCGCAGUUUUAGCCGGGUCACCUGCGGUAUCUCUGGUUGGAUCUCCCCGCUCUUCCUCCAGGCGGUAUUCAGGCAGAGCGACCUGUGACUGUCCGAACUGUCAAGAGGCGGAGAGGUUGGGUCCCGCAGGUGCCAGCCUGCGCAGAAAGGGCCUCCACAGUUGCCACAUUCCCGGCUGUGGAAAGGUAUACGGGAAGACGUCUCACCUCAAAGCGCAUUUGCGCUGGCACACCGGGGAGAGGCCGUUCGUCUGUAACUGGCUGUUUUGUGGAAAGCGCUUCACCCGGUCCGAUGAGCUCCAGCGGCAUUUACGCACGCACACCGGGGAAAAGAGAUUCGCCUGUCCGGUGUGCAACAAGCGCUUCAUGCGCAGUGACCACCUCAGUAAACACGUGAAAACACACAGCGCCGGUGAGCCCGGGUCUAACGGGAUAAAAAAGGGCAGUGAUACCGACAGCGAAAACAGCGUCCCGGGCAGCCCUUCCUGUCAAUCUCCUGAAAUGAUCCAAACCACAGAACCCGUCCAGAACGGUGUUAGUCGCUAACAAAACUACUGAAAAUGUAAGGCACAUUCAUUAAAACAGUCAUCUGAUGGACGCACGAAUAAUCUCGGUUUCUCUAGCUGAUAUCACGCAAGAGGUUGUGUCAAAAUAGACGUCAAAAAGAUUUUUAACAAUCAUGCAUUGGCAGAAGGUUCCUCUCAGGUGUUAUAAGAGAUUUUAAUAAGUUCAUCUAAGACUGAAAUACAGCUGAAUAUGUAACUCGAGCUUAACUUUCUCAUAUUUCCUGUAAACACAUUCUUGCAUUCAGUCACGUCUAUUGAGGCACUUUAUUAUCUGAAUACAAAAAUCAAGGUUUUUAUUUCUGCACAAGCGAAUUUUCUUAUACUAUAUUUUUAUGCUUCUUGAUUUUGAAAUGUUAAGCCUGACAUAAAAUCCACCUCUGACCCAGUGAGCCUAUGAAACGAUUUAAAGAAAAUUCAGAAAUCAAUUCAAUAGACAGACAGUGUCCACAUGAACAAAUCUUUUGUACAUUACUCUUAGUUUUUUGUGCAGUUGAUAUCAGUGAAUUGAAACUCAUCGAAAUGCAAAGUGAAUAUUGUAUAUAGAAUUGUCUGGAAACUCUAUUUAUCAUUGAGUUUGAUUUGUGCUUUGAAGUCUAUCAGAGUCGCACUUUGAAUCUAUAUUUAUAAUUUUAGGAUCGAAUCAACUCGAUCAGUCGGUUUAUCUUUUGUUUUAUUAUUAUUAUUUA